AUGUCGGAGACCUUCGAAGCUCUUGCAGCCGCAGCGACCCUCGAGAAGCUCAAAGCCUCGGGGGAACCAAAAAUCUCAGAGGAACCAAAAAGCCCCCAGAAGCCAAAAACCCCGGAGGAACUAAAAACCCCGGAGAAAAAUAAAGACCCGGAGGGACCGAAGACCCCAGAGGAGCCGGAAACCCCGGCUCAGCAACCAGAGACGCCAAAGAAACCGAGAAUUCCAAGGGCCGACGCAUUGACCGAGUUCCUACUAGAGUCUGAAGAGGUAACGGAACAUGUGGAAUCGACAAAACUAGAAAAUCCCAAGACUCCGAAGACCCCCGAGACUCCCAAGGCUCCUGAGACCCCUGAGUCUGACGAGAAUCCCGAGUCCCCCGAUUCCCCCGGCUUACCAGUCCCCGUCUCCAGCCCGGACAAUUCUCCUAAGCCUCCCUCACCCAGCCCCUCCCCACCGCGCGCCCGCACCCGCCACUCUCGACACUCCCGACGACUCAAGCUCGCCCCCAUUUCCGCCAUCUGCCGCCACACCCACGUCACCCACUCGGGCUGCAUGCACACCGAGUCCAGCGUCGGCCGCAUCUGCCGAAAAGUCGAUCUCUGCGCCGACGGCGUCCUGAACAACUGGCAGCAGCUGGGCGACUGUGACAUGUGCGACGACUCGAAGAAUCUACACUGGGACAUGGAGAGCAUGGAUGGGGGCGACAGCGGGAAUGAGUGUGAGAGCGAGAGUGGGUGGGAGGACGAGGAGGAGGAGGAGGAGGAGGUGGCAGUUGUGAGGAAAAACGUGGAGGACAAGCGGACUGAGGAAGUUGCCGACUCUCCCGCUGGGCAGCGGAAGUCGAAUAGGAAGAGGGCUCAUGAAGAGGAGGAUUCGCAGGAGACGCAGCGUAGGAAGCGGAGGAGGGUGUCGUUCGAUGCGACUCUACAGGUGCAAUACUUGCAGUCUCAAGCUUCUGUGUCAAGAAUUUAG